AUGGACUAUUCACUGGAGAAUCAUAAGGCUUACAUCGGAAAGCACGUCUCAGAGCUUCCUACACCAUCCCUGGUUGUCAAUCUGCCUGUUCUCAAGACGAAUGUGGAGACGUUACAUCGCGAUGUUGAGAAGCUCGGCAUUGGCUUCAGACCUCAUGUCAAGACUUUGAAGUCUCUUGAGGUGACAAGGUUAAUGAUGGCGGAUGGGAAAUACAGAGGAAUCAUUGCCUCCACCAUCCCUGAGAUCCAAGGUGCUUUACCCCUGGUGAACGAGGGCAUCUUGGAAGAGUGUCUGUACGGCCUACCUGUCUAUCCUGGUAUCCUGCCAAGGUUGAUUGAGUUGCGAAAAUCACUACGUAUCAUGCUCAUGGUCGACAAUGAGCAACAGGUUGAUUUUCUCGAAGAGUCGGCUUCAAGCAAGCAGCCCUGGGAUGUCUUUAUCAAGCUCGAUGUGGGAUCGCGCCGAGCAGGCGUUGAGGCCAACAGUGCGGCACUGAACAGCUUGGUAGAGCGCGCACAGAAGUCGCCUGCCAUUAGUAUCUACGGAUUCUACUGUCACGCGGGGCAUUCGUAUGGAGGUCGAUCGCGAGACGAGGCCGAGAAGACGCUCAACAUAGAAGUGUCGAGCGUCUUAGCCGCGGCUAAGCUUCUGCCCUCUGAUCGCCAGCUUGUCAUCUCCGUCGGCAGCACACCAACAGCGCAUGUCGUCGAAAGCCUCAAGGCAUCGAUGCCAGAGAACAUCAAGCUGGAGCUCCACGCAGGCAACUUCCCUUGCAACGAUCUCCAGCAAGUGUCAACUGGCCUUGUGACUGAGACACAGCAAUCCGUGUCUGUAGCCGCUGAAGUAUGUAGCGUGUACCCGGAGAGGAACGAAGCGCUCGUCAACGCAGGUGUGAUCGCGCUGUCGCGUGAGGCCAGCGCUUUCAGCGGAUUCGGCCGAGUGGUGGGCAGUCCGGCGUGGGGUGUGGCCCGAUUGUCGCAGGAGCAUGGGAUCCUUGGGACGAGCGAGGGACGAAAGGUCGAUGAGGAUUUCAAGGUCGGACGAAAGGUUCAGCUGUGGUGCAAUCACGCUUGUAUAGCCGCGGCUGCGUUUUACGUGUAUUAUGUUGUUGAUGAGCAGGGCAUUGUGAGGGACACAUGGAUUCCUUGGAAGGGGUGGUAG